UAUUUUUGGUAUUCUAAACCUUUGUCCCUCUCUCUCUCUCCAUCUGGGUUAAUCUCUCUCCCUCCCCCGAAAACCUAACCCUAUGUCUUGGUUCCCAACUCAAUGUUCGAGAUAAAUCUCACCUCGGUGGUGAUGGAAGACUGUAUAAAUUGGGGGAAGCUUUUUGGGUUUGAGUAAUGGCGGGGAGGAAUGUAGAUCGACAGAUCGUGGUACUAUUUCUAUCAAGUCUAGAGAGAGAAACUGGUUCGUGAUAUUUCUAUUAGGUCUAGCGAGAGAAACAAGCUCAAUCGAGUGGGAGCUUUUUUCCUCUCAAACAGGUAGGCCAAAGUAGGGCAAAAUUUCGUUAGAAUUCUUUCUUGCAACGACACAAUGUGAAAAUGCAACCAAACGGUCGAAAAGCACAACUUUGUCUCGGUGCAAAUCACGUAGAAAUCCGCAAUUUUCAGCCGAAUUUUCGGCUGAGGGGUAGAUCUAGCUCGAACAUUUCGGAGAAGAAGCGGGAUUUCGUUGUUAGAGAGCACUUUCUACAAUCUUAGACCUUGUCUCUGAUCCUCGACUGGUGCAUGCUUCUUUCAGUUGUGAGCUUGAUUUCUCCAUUUCCAACAUCGAAUAAAAGCUCGAUUUUGAACUCAGAAGCUCUCAAAUCAACGGUUUUUUUAAGACCCACCUCGUUAAAAUCCACCUGGCUCUGCAAAAGAUUUUCAGGCUGGCGAUUUAGCCUGAAUUUUCAGAAAACCGGCGAAUUUGAAGCAAAUUGGAUUAGGAGGGCGAGUGGCAUGGAGAAGGUUGAUUCUGACAGAAGGCUUUACACUCGGAUGCGAUUAUGGGAACACCCUGAUCAAUAUGUCAUUGAGCCUGCUGAUGGCCCCUUCGAUUCCUUUUUAGCAAUCAGCCGUGUAGAUGGAUCUCUCAACAUGAUAGGAGAGCUUCCUCAAUGUGGUUCGACCCCAGCCCCCAAAAUGCGGACUAUAUAUGGCUUGGUUGGAAUGCUGAGACUCUUGGCAGGGGCAUAUAUGGUAGUAAUCACAGAAAGAGAGUGUGUUGGAUCUUAUUUGGGACACCCCAUGUUCAAGGUUUCGAACGUUCGGAUUUUUCCAUGCAAUCAUGCUCUCAAAAUCUCAACAGCAGAACAGAAAAAAAUGGAGACCGAGUUUGCUGUGCUCCUAAAUGCUGCAGAGAGAACUUCUGGGCUCUACUUUUCUUAUGAUGUAAAUCUGACCCUCAGCAUACAACGUUUACAUGAUCUGGGUGAUGAGUCAAAGGCGCUUCCCCUUUGGAAGCAGGCAGACCCUAGAUUUCUUUGGAAUAAUUAUAUGUUGGAAGUUCUCAGAGACAACAAGCUUGAUCCAUACCUAUUGCCUGUUAUUCAAGGAAGCUUUCAGAACUUUCAAGCGGCUGUUGGGAAGAACAUUGCUGAUGUUACUUUGAUUGCUAGGAGAUGUACAAGAAGAACUGGAACCCGUAUGUGGAGAAGAGGAGCUGAUACCGAUGGCUAUGUUGCUAACUUUGUAGAAACUGAGCAGAUCUUAUUCUGCAACGGCUUUUCUGCUUCUUUUCUACAGGUUCGAGGAUCUAUUCCAUUACUAUGGGAGCAAAUUGUUGAUUUGACAUACAAACCUAAAUUUGAGGUUGUGAGCCCUGAGGAGGCGCCCCGAGUCGUUGAGCGCCAUUUUUUGGAUUUGGGGAAAAGAUAUGGAUCUGUUUUGGCAGUUGACCUUGUCAAUAAGCAUGGCAGUGAGGGCCGCUUGAGUCAAAUAUUUGCCAAUUCGAUGCAAAAUAUUGUUAAUGAGUCUAUAAGAUAUGUGCAAUUUGACUUUCAUCGAAUAUGUGGCCAUAUCCACUUUGAACGCCUUUCUAUUCUUUAUGAUCAAAUCUCUGAUUACCUCAUGAAACACAGAUACUUUAUAUUGAAUGUGAAAGGAGAGAAGCUUGAUGAACAAUUGGGAGUUGUUAGGACCAACUGCAUUGAUUGUUUAGACCGUACUAAUGUCACUCAGAGCAUGAUUGGGAGGAAAAUGUUGGAAAACCAACUCCAACGAAUAGGGGUUUUCAGUGACGAUGAAUCUAUACAUAAGUAUCCAAGUUUUGACGAGGGCUUCAAAAUCAUGUGGGCUAACCAUGGAGAUGAGAUUAGCAUCCAGUAUUCAGGAACCCCUGCAUUGAAAGGAGACUUUGUCAGAUAUGGGAAGAGGACCAUCCAGGGAAUCUUCAAUGAUGGACAGAAUGCACUUGCUCGUUAUUACUUAAACAACUUCUGUGAUGGCACAAAACAGGAUGCUAUUGAUCUUCUGCAUGGACAUUAUAUUGUUGCUGUUAACCGAGACAUGACUUCGUCAUUGCAAGAAGGAGGCUUGGAGGCUCUAGCUUCAUUCCCACUGGCUUCAGCAUUGGUUCUAGCUGGUGUCCUCCUUGCAACCAUGUCGUUGAGGCAAGCUCGAAAUGAUACUCGGCACUUAUUACUAUCUGUUGUGUGGGCUGGUGUUAGCCUGAGUAUAAUGGCAUUUGUCAAAGCCAAUGGGAGGUUAUUUUGUAACAGGCCUCGUCUACAUAAGCCGCGGCAGUGAGAUAAGAAACUUGCCUUGAUUCUGUUUCCUUUGAAGGAGCUGUCCAUUAAAGUCCGAAUUUCAACAAUGCAUCGUAUUGAAAUAGAAGCAUUGUCUUCCUAGGGUCAUUGUCUAGUUUCCUUUUUUCAAUCAGUUAAAAGAUCAAAUGGAAAUGGCUAUAUUUAAUAUACUAUUUCCCUGAGCUCAUUUCAUUUUAAAUUUUGUGGAUUAGCCAUGUAGUUGUUAUCUACAUGCCUUUGUACAUACUUUUUUGUGGGUCUUAGUGGGAAUGGUUCCUUACAUGGGACAUAAUCAUGAAUUUUGUUGGAAGUACUGUGCUGUAACAUUACUCGGUGCGAUUGUGGAAUCAUGACUCCUAAGUCUGGCUUUACCAGCGAAAA